UCAUAACCUCAAUUAAAGUUGAAAAUAACUUUUAGAAAAUAGCAUAAAAUUCAGCAAAAAUAUGAAUUAUCGUGCUUGGAGGAGUUGUAAAUUGAUUCACAUACUUUCUCUGCAUUCUCCUGCACGUAAUUUAUCGAGUGUCAGUGGAAGCGUCUCGAGUUACUGCCUGAAUUCUGUGAAAAAUCACGACUAUGAGAACUUCCUGGCACUUCUGCUGCUAGACAAUUCGCUGAUGCAGAAAGCCUUCUGCAUCAGGGCGUUCAAUGUGGAAGUGGCACGAGUGAAUGAUCAGGUUUCUGAGGCAAAAAUAGGUGAAAUGAGACUGAAAUUCUGGGAGGACACAAUUGAUAAGAUCUUCAGUCCUGAGGAUGUCCCUAUUCCGGAACAUCCCAUAGCCAAGGCGCUGAAAAACACCACAAUGGAGUGCAAAUUAUCAAAAAUGUACUUCCAACGCCUGGUCAAGUCCAGACGAAGACUGGGAAAUGUGUCCUUUCUCACGGUGAAAGAAAUGGAGGAUUACGCUGAGCAGACAAACUCCAGCAUUUACUACCUAAUCCUGGAGGCUGCUGGUGUGAAGAAUCUCCACGCGGAUCACGCGGCAUCUCACUUGGGCAAGGCGCAGGGAAUCAGCAAUAUAAUUCGCUCUUUGCCACAUCAGCGACGCAAUGCCAUCAUCCCAAUUCCUCAGGAGACUCUGCUGAAGCACGGCGUGAGUCAGGAGAGGAUCUAUCGCGACCAGGAGAGUGAUAAGGGUGUGGAAAACUGUGUCUUCGAGAUUGCAACAGUGGCUCAUCAGCAUCUUGAGAAAGCUCGUUCGAUGAAAGAUCAAAUUCCUCGGGAUUGUCUGCCAAUUCUUCUUCCGGGAAUUGCAAUUGAUCGAUACUUGGAGCGCUUGAGGAGAGCACAUUUUCACCCCUCGGUAGAAAUGCUGCGGAAGAGGGACAAUCUUCUGCCUAUUUCACUCAAGUGGAAUCGAAUGCGCUCUAAAUUCUAAGAGCGUUUGUGGCAAAAUAUCUAAUUGUGAACAUAAAGUGAAUAAAAUAGUCUGUCAGUGACAUAAUUGGAAAAUUGUAUUAAGGAUUAAUAAGUUGACUGA